AUGAUUGACCCAAUUGAUAAAAUUAUUGAAGAAACAUUUGUUUAUAAAAUUGACAUGCUUCAUAAUCUUUCUUUAUCAUCGAAUGCAUCAAUGAUUCGUUACGCGUUAGCAUAUAAGAACUUCAAUCCUAACGAAACAUAUCCAGAAGAAGAAAAUGUGGAAUCAAGUUUUGAAUUAACAAAAAAGUAUUGGAAAUAUAAAAUUGAUUCAUAUAAGAAACAAGAUGAAAAAGCAGAAAGGGAUACUAAAAACAAUGUUUCAAUGGAUGACUAUCAAUACUAUCACGAUUUAAUCCUUUCAUCUAAAUGCAAAAUGUGUGGUAAAGCGUUUACAUAUGCUAAUAAACCAACAUUAGAUAGAAUCGAUAAUGAAAAACCACAUACCAAAGAAAAUUGUCAGUUAAUGUGUUGUUAUUGCAAUGUCGUAAAAUCAAAUAAAGAUGAAGAUGUUCAACGUUUAAGAAUCAAUUUAAGAAAUUAUACAUUAAAAAAUAAUUUACCAAUGACUCUAGAUUCAGUUGAAGCUUAUCACAUCCUCCGUAAUGGAAUUACUGGUGGUUUAUCAAAUGUUCAACAUAGAGUAAAUCUUAAAGGAAUCACGCACAUUAAUAAACUUUCAUAUAAUCCAGAAACUAAAACUGUAUCAAAUGAGGACACUUCCAACAUUAUGACUCAUUUCGUUGGUGUUGACUUUAAUUCAUUAUAUCCUUCAUCAUUUUCAUCUAAUCCUCAUGAUUUCAUUCAAUAUACUGACCAUAAAAUGUAUAUGCCGGGAAGAUUGAAUGGUGUUAUCAUUUGUGAUACAGCAACAAAGAAAGCAAAAGCACUGGGAAUAAUUAAGAAGAAAAAUACUUUAUUCGUGGCUGAAGUAAAGGGUCACAUUGAUGAAAAAUACAUUAAUGAUUACAUAAACUUUUUACCAAUAAUAAGAAACUUUGAUAUUAUCACAGAUGAAAAAACAAUUGGUGGUUUUAUGUAUAAUUACAUGAAAUCAAACAAUCUACCAGUUGACCAGAAACAGAGGAAAUUAACUCAGUUAGCAUCAACACACAACCAAUAUCAACCAUUUUCUUCUUAUUAUCUUUG